GUCAUAAACUAUGGAUUGGGCCAAAAAAGCUGAGGAUCAAGUCUCUAAAUUGGUUAGCAAUUUGGAAAUCGAAAAGAAAGAGGAGACAAAGGAUGAUGCAGAAGCCCCCGAUGUAGCAAGCCCAGCUGAAACCAGUCUCCUACUGAAAAUUAUUCGCAAGGGGUUGGUCGAAUCUAAACUGGAUUUAGAAGUGCAACGCCAGGACCCAUCGUCACCUUUAUACUCAGUCAAAACUUUCGAGAAAUUACACUUGAAACCUGAAAUUUUGAAAGGCAUAUAUGCCAUGGGAUUUAACGCGCCAUCUAAAAUACAGGAAAAUGCUUUACCAAUAUUAUUAGCGGAUCCACCACAAAAUAUGAUAGCACAAAGUCAAUCUGGUACAGGAAAAACCGCAGCAUUUGUCCUUGCAAUGCUAAGUCGCGUUGACACGAAAUUAGAUUAUCCUCAGGUUCUUUGUUUGUCCCCUACAUAUGAGCUUGCAAUUCAGACUGGAGAAGCUGCAGCACGCAUGGCACAAUUCUGUCCUGAUAUAAAAUUAAAAUUUGCGGUCCGCGGAGAAGAAGUUGCUCCUGGCACAAAACUUACUGAUCACAUAAUUAUCGGAACGCCUGGAAAAGUUUUAGAUUGGGCCUUAAAGUAUAGAUUCAUAGACCUUAAGAAAAUACGAGUUUUUGUAUUGGACGAAGCAGAUGUAAUGAUCGCUACGCAGGGUCACCACGACCAAUGUAUUCGAAUUCAUAAACAACUGUCGCCCAAGUGUCAAAUGUUGUUUUUUUCUGCAACAUAUGACAAAGAGGUAAUGGAGUUUGCCGAGCACAUUGUACCCGAAGCAAAUAUUAUAAGGUUAAGAAGAGAACAGGAAUCCCUCGACAACAUUAAACAGUACUAUGUCAAAUGUAAUUCAGAAGAAGAAAAAUAUCAAGCCAUACAAAAUAUAUAUGGAAGUAUAACAAUUGGACAAGCUAUAAUAUUUUGCCAUACUCGAAAGACUGCUGGAUGGCUUGCUGGAAAGUUGUCUUCGGAUGGACAUUCUGUCGCAGUGCUCUCAGGUGAACUUACUGUGGAACAACGUUUGGCAGUUCUCGACAGAUUUAGAAUUGGACUGGAAAAAGUAUUAAUUACUACUAACGUUUUAUCACGAGGAAUCGACGUGGAACAAGUUACAAUUGUUGUAAACUUCGACUUACCAAUGGAUGCAAAGGGUCGAGCUGAUUGCGAGACUUAUCUCCAUCGCAUUGGUAGAACUGGAAGAUUCGGUAAAAAUGGCAUAGCCAUUAACUUGGUUGACAGCGAAAAAUCGAUGGAGAUAUGUCGCGCUAUUGAAAAUCAUUUUAAGAAGACUAUUAAAGAGCUCAAUGCCGACAAUACGGAAGAAAUUGAAAAAAUUGGAACAUAAUUACCAUACAAUGUAAAAUAAAAAUAAGACUUGGCUUACUAUAAA